UGAUCUGAAUUUGCAAUUUUCCCCUCUGCUUUUGGCGCCUCUCCAAACACUUUCAAAAACCUGUCUCCCUCUCUCUCUCUCUCUCUCACACACACACACACACACACACGCACACUCUCUUUCUCUCUCUCACACACACAGAGAUACACUCAUUGACACACAGGGACGCCAUUGAUGGAGCAGCAGAGAAAGCAAGUGUUGCAGCAGGAGCAACAGGAGGAACUAGAAGAUGUUCAGCAUGGCCCUUUUCCUGUUGAGCAACUUCAGGCAUCAGGCAUUUCUGCCCUUGACAUUAAAAAGCUCAAAGAUGCUGGCUUGUGCACUGUAGAAUCUGUGGCAUACUCUCCAAGGAAGGAGCUUUUGCAAAUAAAAGGAAUUAGUGAUGCAAAAGUAGAUAAGAUUAUCGAGGCAGCUUCAAAGCUGGUGCCACUGGGCUUUACAAGUGCCAGCCAACUACAUGCUCAGAGGCUUGAAAUAAUUCAAAUAACUUCUGGGUCAAAGGAACUUGACAAAAUUUUAGAAGGAGGAAUUGAAACUGGGUCUAUAACUGAAUUAUAUGGGGAGUUCCGUUCUGGAAAGACUCAACUAUGCCAUACACUCUGUGUCACUUGCCAACUCCCAUUAGACCAAGGUGGUGGGGAGGGAAAAGCUAUGUACAUUGAUGCAGAGGGGACAUUCAGGCCACAGAGACUACUACAAAUAGCAGACAGGUUCGGGUUGAAUGGUGCUGAUGUUUUGGAGAAUGUGGCCUAUGCUCGAGCAUAUAACACUGAUCAUCAAUCCAGGCUGCUGCUUGAAGCUGCGUCCAUGAUGGUGGAAACCCGGUUUGCUCUCAUGAUAGUAGAUAGUGCUACUGCUCUUUAUAGGACAGAUUUUUCAGGAAGGGGAGAAUUAUCAGCGAGGCAAAUGCAUCUCGCAAAGUUCUUGAGGAGCCUACAGAAAUUAGCAGAUGAGUUUGGCGUUGCUGUUGUUAUAACCAACCAAGUAGUUGCUCAAGUGGAUGGCUCUGCCAUUUUCGCUGGGCCACAAAUCAAACCCAUUGGUGGCAACAUUAUGGCCCACGCUACUACAACGAGGCUAGCUUUGCGGAAAGGCAGAGGAGAGGAGCGAAUAUGCAAAGUAAUCAGUUCUCCAUGUUUGGCUGAAGCUGAAGCAAGAUUUCAGAUAUCCGUAGAUGGCGUAACAGAUGUGAAGGACUGAUUACUAUUAGCCUGAAAUUUUCAGUAAAAUUUUUGUUUUGCACAAGUAGCUUUAGCUUAGAUCUUUCAAGAUCUUCUACUCAUGAUGAUGGGCUUUGUCUCUGUUUCAAACAAACUGGGAAGGAAAAUCAAAUUUUCCUGCUUGGAUAAAAAAUUUUGUUGUCAUCAAUGUAGCAUAUUGUUUGAUGUACUGUUUUAUAAAAGCUUGGAGAGAACUCCUCUCCUUUUGAG